AUGAUCUUCUCCAACUGGCUGCCCACCCUACUGGGCGGCGCUCUAGUCGCGCAGGGCGCGCUGGCCGCCAUCGACCUCAGCAUCAACGAUCCAAAUUCUAUUAAGCAGGCCGCUAAGACGGUUGCCACCGAUAUGAUGACCUACUAUAAUGAUCGCGACUCCAAAGCAAUCCCCGGAAAGUUCGACGGUACGUGGUGGGAGGGUGGCUCCAUGUUCAUGAUCCUCAUCCAGUAUUGGUUCUUGACUGGUGACUCCGAGUUCAACGAAGAGGUCCAGGCAGGCAUGUACUGGCAGAAGGGCGACGACAACUACUUCCCCAGCAACUACUCGCAGUAUCUGGGUAACGAUGACCAGGUCUUCUGGGGCCUGGCCGCCAUGACCGCCGCCGAAUUGAACUAUCCCGAGCAGGACGGACAACCGUCCUGGGUCUCGCUCGCUCAGGGUGUGUUCAACACCCAGGCCCCACGCUGGGACACCAGCAGCUGUCACGGUGGUAUGCGCUGGCAGAUCUGGCCCUACCAGCCUGGCUACACAACCAAGAACGCCAUUUCCAACGGUGGUCUGUUCCAACUAUCCGCGCGCCUGGCUCUUUACACCGGCAACACGACCUACAGUGAAUGGGCCGAACGCAUCUGGGACUGGAGUGCGACCACCCCGUUGCUGAAGCAGAAGAACUGGAAUAUCGCAGAUUCCACCACCUGCGAGACCCAAUGCACCGACCACGGCGAUUGGCAAUGGACCUAUAACUAUGGGACGUACAUCAGCGGUGCCGCCUACAUGUACAACUUCACCAACGGAACCCAGAAAUGGAAGGAUGGCAUUACAGGUCUCGUUGGCUCCUCCAGUCAAUUCUACCCGACCAGUGGCGGCGGAAAUAUUCUGUCGGAGAUUACUUGCGAACCCAUCAAUAAGUGUGAUCGCAAUCAGAUCACCUUCAAGGCCUACUUCGCCUCCUGGCUCGCUUUCAUGACCACCAUUGUCCCGGGGACCUACGAUCUUGUCAUGCCCAAGUUGCAGACCUCGGCCCAGGCCGCCGUCAAGACCUGCACCGGUCUGUCGGAUGGCACGCACUGCGGUAUUAAGUGGUACACGCAGACCUGGGACGGCACCGACGGACUGGAACAGCAGAUGGCCGUCCUCGGUGUUCUCAAUGCCGUCCUGGUCCCCUUCAAGAACCAGGCACCCUUCACGGCCGACAACGGUGGCAUAUCCAAGAGUAACCCCAACGCCGGUACCAACAGCUCCGACAACGCGGUGCCCCAGCUCAACAACAUCACCACCGGUGACCGCGCGGGUGCCGGUGUGCUCACCGUCAUCUUCGUGACCGCCUGGGCCAUUGCUGUGACAUGGAUGAUCCGUGGCGGUUGA